AGAGACGGGCGGGCGGCGGCAACCCUAGCUCGAUUCCGGUCGAGCCAAGCGGAGGCGGCGGCGGGCCGGCGGCGUGGCGCGGCGCGGGGCGGCGGCCGGCGAACCAGCAACCGCGGCUUGGCGGACGGCCACCGGCGAGCGGCGAUUUGGCGACGCCAUGUCCAGCAAGAGCCACGGCAAGGGGAAGAUGAAAAAGAAAAGUGCUGCUGACAGUACCAUAUUUACAAUGUGGGGAAAAGCUUCAAAAGCAGAAAAGAUUGAUGAAAGAUCAACACCCAGUCAGCCCGAGAGUAAUUUGCAAUUGGUUCUAUUUCAAGCACCGGAUGCAGGACUUGAACCGGAGAGCAGCGGCGCAAACCCAGUCCCAAUUAUGGUAGAUAAUGAAGAAAUUGAUGAAGAUGAUGAUGAACCAACACAAGCUGAUUUGGGGGCACUUGAACAUGAUCCUGGGAAGCGAAUUCAUUGAAGAGCUGAUAAAAUGUUGUGCACAAGAGACUACAAAACGAGUCAUUGAAGAGCUUGAUGGUGGUCAGUUUGCCAUACUUGCAGAUGAGUCUAGUGAUGUGUAUCAGAAUGAACAGCUGGUUGUUUGUUUGCGUUUUGUUUAUAAGAAAGGACGGGCAGUUGUAAGAUUUCUUGGUGUUGUUCAUGUUGAAGAUACUACCUCUUUGACACUUAAGUCUGCAAUUCAGCAAAUGCUAAUGAAGUACAAUCUGACCUUUGCAAUGGUGCGUGGGCAAGGAUACGAUGGAGCUAGCAACAUGAAAGGUAAUGCUAAUGGCCUGAAAAAACUGAUCAUGGAUGAGUCUCCUUCUGCCUACUAUGUUCAUUGUUUUGCCCAUCAACUACAACUAACUCUGGUUGCUGUUGCUAAGGAGAGUGGUGAUUGUACUUGGUUCUUUCAACAACUUGCAAACUUGUUAAAUGUUCUUGGCAUGUCUUGCAAGAAGAUGAGGAUGCUUCGGAUUGCUCAAGCCGAAGAACUGAUAGCUGCAUUGGAUUUGGAAGAAGUGGAAAUAGGGACUGGGCAGAAUCAGGAAAUGGGUUUGGGAAGGCCAUGUGACACACGUUGGGGCUCUCAUUUCAGAACUAUGAACCGUGUCCUAUCAAAUUAUGCUGCAAUAAAACGAGUCCUUAGGAAGAUUGUGACGGUAACAUCUUUCUGUACAAAGCAUAGGGUCAAAGUUGUUGAUAUGAAUGCUCGUUACUAUCCAGUUGGGCGACCUAGAAGAGUUGGUAUCCAUAACGGUGCAAAUAAUUACCAUCGCUUCCAUGUUGAUAUGUAUGUGAGUGUCAUUGAUAGACAGAUUUCUGAGCUGAAUGGCAGAUUUGAUGAGGUAAACACUGAGCUACUUACUUGCAUGGCAGCAUUCUGUCCACUUCGUGCAUUUGCUGCCUAUGAUAAAAAGAAGUUGGUUAAUCUUGCUUCAAAGUUUUAUGCUACUGAUUUCUCAAGUGAUGAACUAGCAAGACUUCCCUGGCAAUUAGACAUGUAUAUUUGUCAUGUGCGUAGAGAUGGAAGGUUUACAAACUUGAAGAGUAUAAUUGAACUUUCAGCUAUGCUUGUGGAGACAACCAAACAUCAACAAUACUUUCUUGUUUACAAGCUUCUUAAGUUGGUACUGAUUUUGCCGGUAGCUACUGCUAGUGUUGAAAGGGUAUUCUCCUCAAUGAACUAUGUGAAAAAUAAGCUAAGGAACAAAAUGAGUGAUGAAUAUUUGAACAAUGCUUUGGUUACAUUUGUUGAGAGAGAUUUCUUCAGUCAAGUGAAGGAUGAAGAUGUCAUCAAAAUCUUCCAACAAGGCGAUCGCAGAGUUACAUGGUAAUAGGAUCAAUUAUUCUAUCAAGAAAAGGACAUAGUGGCUAUACUGGUGAGGAUGGGGCCUCCGUCAUGUCUUACAGCUCUUCUGUGCACAUCAUUGUCUUAGAUCACAUGACAAGGCUACUCAACUGGAUGCUGAGAAAAUUGAAAUGAAGGAGAAAAAUCGCAGGUUACACUUGGAGGUAAAGACAGUGACAUUUGAUACAUGAUAUGGAAGAGCAGGUUCGGGACAAAAAGUUAGUUAUGCAACAAGUUUUAACAAGAGAUCUUUCUAGCAUUUCAAGAUGUGAUGAUAGAAGAGCUGGAAGAAAGGUUGAAAUAAUUAAUAAGAAAGAUGUUGCACAACAAGAGAAGAUAAAAGAGCUCAAGGUUCUUAUAGUAGAGAAAUUGAUCAGAUUUUCAAUGCCAACCUUUAUUGUACUCGUCGCCUUGGUUGUAGUCUUAACUUGCAUGUUUUUGAAGUUCUGAUUCGCCAGUGUCAUGUAAAUAACGCCGAAUUCAUAAUAAUUUCAUAAUGUCCAGUUUUUGUUUUAUUUCGUAAUGUGUGAAGCUCGGAUUGAAUCGUGCAGUCG